AUGAUGAGCGAUGAACAACUGCGCUUUCUACAUAAGUGCGUUCGCGACGGACUGACACCGAAGAGCCUCCGUUAUAAAGCGCCAGUGAACACCGAAUUGGGCCGAUGCGUCGUACAACGCUUCCGGAAGCAAAUGAUAAGAGUGCUGAUCAACGACUGCCACUUACGCUUGCGCAAGUACCGAACGGUCAUAGAAGAAAGAAGGGCGGAGUGCACGGCAUUGCUCGACGAAUCAGUUACCGAGUGUUUGGACCGAAUAAUAUCAACCGUGGCAAAAGCGAGACAGGAAGUGAAACGCAUGAAUCUAGAUCAAAAAGCCGUCAAAUUGAAACCGGAAAUCAAUACCAACGAAAAUGUAGUACACAACUUAUCGUCGAAGCAGUUAAGCGAAACGGAACUCAGAGUGCUGAUCCACGAAGCCAAUUUUAACACUGCUGAUGCCACCCCAGCUGACUUCAUUGCCGCAAUUGAGGCCAUGUUAGUACGAACUAACUCAAGCGAAGAGGAUAAACGCACGGUGUGCCAAAAGGUUACCUCUCUCCUGAUGACGAACAGGCACGCUAGCAAUAUGUCAUCCGCAGAAAUAGAAGCAAUGAAGAGAUUAAAAAUGGACAAAUAUAUUAUGGUACUACCGGCCGCCAAAGGAAGAGCAACAGUUGUGAUGAACCGCGUUGAUUACAAGGAGAAGGCAGAAGACCUCCUGGACGACCAACAAUCCUACAGGUCCGCACCCGCCUCGCAGGCCAAAUCGGGGAUUGGCCGGCUGACUGGACUCUUAAGCCGACUCCGGCGCAACAACGUAGUCUCGUUAGACGAAUGGCGCCAGACAAAACCAACCGACACUGCGUUGGCCAGGUUCUACGAACUACCAAAAAUUCACAAACCCAACGUUCCUCUUCGGCCAAUCGUUGCCCUAAAAGGCAGCGCCCAUACAAUUUAG